CAACUGUAACUUUUUUUAUCGCUAGCCACCGACCUCGACAUAUCAAGUGUACAUCUUCGCAAUUACCACUGCCGACUUACUGAUAUUCUAAGCCCGGAAUUGAUCUCAGAGUACCUUACACAUAUAUCCUCGAAGUCCCUUUCGAGGGCACAAUCCAUUCAUCAUGCCUCAAAACGAGUACAUGGAGCGCUUCCGCAAGACGCACGGCCGACGUCUGGACCACGAAGAGCGGGCGCGGAAGCGCGAAGCGCGCGAGGGCCACAAAGCGUCCAAGGACGCGCAGAACCUGCGCGGGCUGCGGGCGAAGCUGCACCAGGCGAAGCGGCACAAGGAGAAGAUCCAGAUGCGGAAGCAGAUCAAGGCGCACGAGGAGCGCAACGUGAAGUCGGCGGCCGAGCAGGAUCCGAAGACGCCGCUGCCCAACUACCUGCUCGACCGGUCGAACCCGACGUCGGCCAAGGCCCUGAGCUCCGCCGUCAAGAACAAGCGCGCCGAGAAGGCCGCCAAGUUCGCCGUCCCCCUGCCCAAGGUCCGCGGCAUCAGCGAGGAGGAGAUGUUCAAGGUCGUCAACACGGGCAAGAAGACGCACAAGAAGAGCUGGAAGCGCAUGGUUACCAAGCCCACCUUUGUCGGCCCGGAUUUCACGAGACGGCCGGUCAAGUACGAGAGGUUUAUUCGGCCUAUGGGAUUACGGUACAAAAAAGCCAACGUAACGCACCCGGAGCUAGGCGUGACGCUGCAGCUCCCCAUCAUCAGCGUGAAGAAGAACCCGCAGCAGCCGCUGUACACGCAGCUCGGCGUCCUGAGCAAGGGGACCAUCAUCGAGGUCAACGUGUCCGAGCUCGGGCUCGUCACCGCCGGCGGCAAGGUCGCCUGGGGCCGCUACGCCCAGAUCACGAACAACUGCGAGAACGACGGCUGCGUCAACGCCGUGCUGCUCGUCUAAGCCGCCCCUAUACCUAUGCGCCUGUAUGUGAUACGAAGUAUUUAUGC